AUGCACCCGGCCGUCUCCAUACUUGCCGAUAAUGUCGUCAAAUACCACCACCUGCUCGCCCCGCUGCUCUACACCGUCCUCGCGGCUGUCGCAAACGUGCACACACCGGUCCAGCAUUCGCUGCUCAUAACGACGAUAUCCUGGCUGAUAGUAUGGGUGCCGACUGUCUUCUGGGUGGGCAUAUAUUCGAAUAGCGACAGCGUCAAGAGGAAGACGAGUUGGCUGGCUGGCGCGCUGCUUGGUCUGUCUGUGAUGUGCGACCGCGCAGCAUGCGAUAAGCAGGGCAUCUGGGCGACCAAGGCCCUCAUUCCCUUCUUCACCGUCCUCUUCUCCGAGAACCAAUUGGUCGCAAAACACCUCGCCCUACCCACCUGGACCGUUCUCGAUGGCCUUGCAGCCGAAACCAAGACCUCCCCGGAGCGACAGCCUCAUACCGAAUCAUACGGGAUACUAGCAGUUGUCUUUGCUUCUGCGAGCGCUGUUCUAGGCGUCUACGCAGUUCCUACCACGGUCGCGCUCGGUCUCAGCAGUGCCAUCUUCACGGCUACUGGCCUCGUCCUGUUUGAGUCCACCAUACAAGCUGCGACAGAAGAGGGCGAGGGCGGCAAGCGAGGACUUGCGUCUGCGAACGGGAGUACGUUGCGGCGCGCCUCAGUGAGUGGUGCCUCGAGGCCGCAGCGACUGGCUGCGCUCAGAGAUGUCGCAGUGGCCAUUGCAGUUGUAUGCGGGAUUGCGUCUAUCCUUACCGAGUCUUCCUUGACUGCAAGCACGAUAUCCUGGGAACCUGUAUACAGAGAGUAUGACCGGGAGUGGAGGGAUGUGCACAAUUUCCGCAUCUUGCAGCGCUUCCUGUGGAUGUUGCCGGUUCACACCACUGUAAAUGUUCUUGUUUUCGUUCUGGUACGUACAUUCUUCCAGAUUACUGUUGAACUACCUAAAUACGCUGUCUUGUUACCAAACGCGGGUCUGGCGUCCUGCCGCGUCGUACCCGUCGCCAUGGCUUUCACCCCAGCUUUUGCUUUCAGGUUCCAAGACCAGAGACAUAUGACCAAGGGUCAUCCGGCUGCGCAAUUGAUUGACGCAGCCGAGGCAGACUUCCAAGGCACCCUUAACCGACAAUCCAAGUCUCUCGCUGAUGCGGUUCGAGAGUACCGACGCAGGAACGGGAUCUCGCCACCUCCGCACUUCGACAAAUGGUACGAGUUUGCGACGCGCAACGGUGUUGUGAUGAUAGACGAAUACGACACGAUCAAUGAGAUGUUGCUACCGUUCUGGGCGCUCAAACCAUCAACGAUUCGGUCGCGCAUUGCGAAUGCGUUAGGCCAUGAAGAUAGCUCAAUGCUUGCAAUUGCGAUACGCCAUGGCGCCGUAGAGAACUUUCAAGGCGGCGAUGAAUGGCAACAACAGGCUACCAUUGGCAUGAUGAAGCAGUUUGUCCAGUAUCUGCCCGACAUGGAUCUGGGCUUCAACUUACAUGACGAACCGCGAGUCGUUGUGCCUGACAAUCUGUUGUCGUCGAUGGUGGCAAAGGCGAGGGACGAAAUUCUACCGCGCACUGCGAAGAACACUGCACCUCGCAACGCCUUCUCCGCUCGGCCAGAAGACUUGAGUGAUGGUACACGAUUUGCUGAAGUUAGCACGACCAAGUUCAAUCGCUUUGCGCAUCAACAGACAUGGACGCAUUCGCGGCUGUCAUGUUCUCCUGACACUCAGGCCCAAACCUUCGAAGACUACGCUGCCGACAACUUCACCGCGUAUGCCGCCAGCGACCUUGGCUUCAUCUACAACACGACCGCCUUCUCUGAUAUCUGCAACUCACCUUCAUUCUCGUCAACAUUCGGGUUUUUCGAGCGCCCCAACGCCUUCAGUAUCAUCCAUGAGCUGACACCCGUCUUCUCACAGUCGAAGAUCUCCAGCUUCCAGGACAUCCUAUACCCCAGCCCAUGGUACUGGAUGGGCAAAGUAGGCUACGACGAGACGCACGACACGACCUGGGAAAACAAAACCAACAGUCUCUACUGGCGCGGCUCCACAACAGGAGGUUUCAGCCGCAACGGCGGCUGGCGACGUCAACACCGCCAGCACGUCGUCCAACGCCUCAACGCCCCCGAUACCGCCAAAGUCCUCGAGCCCGUCUCCAACCCCACCUCAACCUACGCCGUAACCUCGAUCGAGCGCAAAGCCCUCAAAGACCUCAUCGACGUCCACUUCUCGCACAUCGGCCAAUGCGACCCCGGCGACUGCGACGCGCAAAACGAAUUCUUCGACGUAACCGAACGCGUCGACGGCCAAGACGCAUGGUACUACAAGCACCUCCUCGACAUGGAUGGCAACGCCUUCUCCGGCCGCUUCUACAGCUUCCUCAAGUCCCGCAGUCUGACCUACAAAAUGGCGCUGUUCCGCGAGUGGCAUGCAGAGUGGCUACGACCAUGGGUGCAUUAUAUCCCCCUCUCCCUCCGCGGCGACGAACAUCUCGAUCUCGUACGGUGGUUCAGCGGUACACAGGUUUUCGACGAUGACGGCGAUGGGGUUGUUGAGAGAGUCCAGGCGGAUGGGACGAAGAAGGGCGGGAAUGGCGCGAGUGAGGGCGAGAAGAAGGCGAGGCUUAUUGCGAAGAGGAGUUCGGAGUGGCAUGAUCGGGUGUUGAGGAAUGUGGACUUUGAGGUUUGGUUCUUUAGGUUGCUGUUGGAGUAUGGGAGGGUGGUGGAUGAUAGGAGGGAGGAGAUUGGGUUUGCGGGGCCGUAA